AUGGCUUCCACAGGCAAAACCUUCAUCGUCGAGCAUCUCGACCCAGAGCUUGGCCCCUGGUCAGAGCUCGAGUAUCUCGCCAUUGCAGCCGAGAGCGAGGAAACCAACGCCAAGUUUAUUCUCUCCUGCCUGCCCCCGAACUUCAAAGUGCCGCCUGCGCUGUCCGCCAGCAAGGCCUUCACGGCCGAGCACCGGGGCGUGGAGGAGCUCUAUGCCGGCCAGAAAUCCCGGGUCUGCCUUUUGGAUCCAGCCGCGGCCAAGGACCUGGCGCCGGAGGACGGCGAGACAUUCGAUGCCUUUCUCUUUGGGGGCAUCUUGGGUGAUGAUCCUCCACGAGAUCGAACUUCUGAACUCAGGAAGAAGGGAUUUGAAGGCAGGCGGCUGGGUCCCGUGCAGAUGACCACAGACACAGCGGUGCGAGUAACCCGGAUGGUUGUACAAGAUAAGAUCCCUUUGGAGGAAGUGCCGUAUCUGGACUUCCCAGAGCUUCAGUUCAACGAGCACGAAAGCACCCAGAUGCCGUUCCGUUAUGUCAAGGGUGCUGAUGGAAAGCCCAUCAUGCCCAAGGGAAUGGUUGAGUUGAUACAGAAAGACGCUGACAAGUCACUCGAUGACCUGUUGUAA